AUGGUAGAGGCCAAUCCCGAGGCCUUCCUUCGUGCCUUUGAUCACGUGGCGAAGCGGGUGGAGGCUGCGCGCAAGAGACGCACGGUUACGGUUACCAGCAAGUACAACUCGCGGACCGACAUCCUCCGAACGGCACUCUCGUUGGACAUCCCCUCACUGUCCCCCUUCCCGUUCCCGCUCCCGUCCCUCCCCCACCUUCCCUUCUUCUCGUCCCCUUCUCCCAACUCCUCCUCCUCGUCCCCCUCCUCCUCGUCCCCCUCCUCCUCCUCUCCCUCCUCUUCGACUUCCUCCUCCCCUCCCUCCUCCCGGCCCUCGUUCCCGCUGCGCAUUAGAGCAGUGGCAGAGGGUCGUCCCUCCUCACCCUUCACCCGUUUCUCCAUUGCUCCCGAAAUCGGCCCUCUCCGUUUACGAUGGGACCGGCCUCGCCUGGUGCCAUCCUUCGGAGCUACCCUGCAUUCUGGAGACAACUCCCUGGUGCAAAUCUUCCACGACCUUCAGGAGCGCCCCAGCCAUCGCACUGCGCUCAUGGUGGGGUGGUGGGCUCGAUCCAUGGCCUAUCGGGCUCUCCUCUCCCUCAAGCUGCCUGCCUGCCACGUGGACAUGCUGUGGGUUGACUUCCCCAGGGGCGAGUUCCUGAUGAACCGGGUCAACGGAGUCAAGGCCAGUCUCUUCCUGCCAUGCCAUCCGCUUAGGGGCGUGCUGCAGGUGGAAGGGCGGACAGCAGACACAGCCACAGUGGGGUUUGCCUAUCAGCACCCCUUCGGAACGCGUGUGACGCCCUCAUUCUCCCUCGCCGAUCGCGGACUGUCAGUGGAGGUGCUUCAGCCAAUCACAGUGCGACAGCUGGGACCCGCUGUCAAGCCAGAAGCCCAAAUACGGUUCAAGAGCACGAUAUCGGGCACGAGGCAAGGGUGGGAGAUGGAGACAACACGCUUCCUGGGAACCAAUGAGAUAGUGGGGGGAGCAGCAGAGGCGUCUCAAGGCGGACUGGCAGUCAGUGUGGGGUACAAGGCCGGGGUGGCACCUGUUGCCUUCUUCACCCUCUUUGGAGGGGGUCGCAGGAGGCGGAAAACAGCAGUGACAGGCAAGGGAGCUGGUUACCAGCUGAGGCUGGAAUUUCCACCGUCCAAUCUCAGACGAGCAGUCAUCUCAUGGGAUGCCACCCAUGGGAUAGACUUCUAG